AUGAAUCUCCGGCGAGUCUCUUUCUCUUUUUUCUUCUUCCUAUAUCUCCUCCUCACCCCCAAUUUCUCCUCCGCCGCCUCCGAUGAUAAUCUCCACCGUAAAAAACACAAAAUCUCAGGUCCGAUUAAAACCGUCGUAGUUAUCGUCAUGGAGAAUCGCUCUUUUGACCAUGUCCUCGGAUGGCUCAAAUCAACCCGACCCGAAAUCGACGGACUCACCGGCACCGAAACAAAUCCGAUCCGAGUCUCCGACCCUUCUUCCCCCAAAAUUUCAGUGUCAAACGACGCCGUCUUCAUUGACUCCGAUCCCGGUCACUCGUUUCAAGCCAUCAGAGCACAAAUAUUCGGAUCCAACGAAAGCUCUUCUAACCCGGCUCCGAUGAACGGUUUCGCUCAACAAGCCGAACAAACUCUUAAAGGAAUGUCGAAAACCGUCAUGAGCGGGUUCAAACCGGAGCUUCUCCCGGUUUACACCGAGUUAGCAAACGAGUUCACGGUUUUCGAUAAAUGGUUCGCUUCCGUUCCCGCUUCGACUCAACCGAACCGGUUUUAUGUCCACUCCGCAACUUCUCACGGUGCUAUGAGUAACGUUAGGAAGAAUCUCAUCCAUGGUUUCCCUCAACGCACAAUCUUCGACUCUCUCAACGAUAACGGCCUUAGUUUUGGUAUCUAUUACCAAAACAUCCCCGCAACACUAUUUUUCAAGAGUUUGAGAAAGUUGAAGAACACUGUGAAGUUUCAUAACUAUGGUUUGAAGUUUAAGAGACAUGCUAUGAAGGGGAAGUUGCCGAAUUAUGUGGUGGUUGAGCAGCGUUACUUCGACGUAAAGGUUUCUCCUGCUAACGAUGAUCAUCCUUCUCAUGAUGUGGCUAUUGGACAGAGGUUUGUGAAGGAAGUGUAUGAGAUAUUGAGGAAGAGUCCUCAGUGGAAAGAAAUGGCGAUUUUGAUAACUUAUGAUGAACAUGGUGGGUUUUAUGAUCAUGUUCCUACACCGGUUGAAGGCGUUCCUAACCCUGAUGGGAUUAUUGGGCCUCACCCUUAUUAUUUUAGGUUUGAUAGGUUGGGUGUUCGUGUUCCUACUUUCCUUAUCUCUCCUUGGAUUGACAAGGGUACAGUGAUUAAUGGACCUGAUGGACCAACACCAUAUUCUCAAUAUGAACAUUCAUCUAUUCCUGCCACAGUAAAGAAGCUUUUCAAUUUAAAAUCCAAUUUCUUGACAAAGAGAGAUGCAUGGGCUGGUACCUUUGAGAAAUACUUUUACAUUCGAGAUACUCCUCGUGAUGAUUGUCCAGAAACACUUCCUGAAGUCAGCACUAAUCUAAGGCCAUAUGGACCUAGAGAAGAUUCAAGUCUCUCAGAAUUCCAAAUGGAACUGAUUCAGCUCGCGUCUCAGCUCAACGGCGAUCAUGUACUCAACUCCUAUCCGAAUAUCGGGAAAAGUAUGACAGUGAAAAAAGCAAACAGGUAUGCAGAAGAUGCAGUGAAGAGGUUUCUCGAAGCUGGAAAAGCUGCACUUAAAGCUGGUGCUAAUGAAUCUGCUAUUGUCAUAAUGAGGCCUUCCCUUACCAGUAGAGCUUCUGUGGAAUCUUACUAA